GGGAGGACCGGCCGCCCCCAGCCCGCGGGGCCCGGGGGGCGCAGGACGGCAGGGGCGCCCCGCGGGGCAUGCACCUAAGGCGCUGCGCUCGCGCUGCCCGGAACCAGGCCAGCCACGGCCGGAGCCCAUGAGCACCAUGCGCCUGCUGACACUCGCCCUGCUUUUCUCCUGCUCCUUCGCCCGCGCCGCCUGCGACCCCAAGAUCGUCAACAUCGGUGCCGUGCUGAGCACCCGCAAGCACGAGCAGAUGUUCCGCGAGGCCGUGAACCAAGCCAACAAACGACACGGCUCCUGGAAGAUCCAGCUCAAUGCCACCUCCGUCACCCACAAGCCCAAUGCCAUCCAGAUGGCCCUGUCGGUGUGCGAGGACCUCAUCUCCAGCCAGGUCUAUGCCAUCCUAGUUAGCCAUCCACCUACCCCCAACGACCACUUCACUCCCACCCCCGUCUCCUACACAGCCGGCUUCUACCGCAUCCCUGUUCUGGGACUGACCACCCGGAUGUCCAUCUACUCAGACAAGAGUAUCCAUCUGAGCUUCCUGCGCACCGUGCCGCCCUACUCCCACCAGUCAAGCGUCUGGUUUGAGAUGAUGCGUGUCUACAGUUGGAAUCACAUUAUUCUGCUGGUCAGCGAUGACCAUGAGGGCCGGGCAGCACAGAAGCGCCUGGAGACGCUGCUGGAGGAGCGAGAGUCCAAGGCUGAGAAGGUGCUGCAGUUCGACCCGGGGACCAAGAAUGUGACGGCCCUGCUGAUGGAGGCACGGGAGCUGGAGGCCCGAGUCAUCAUCCUCUCUGCCAGCGAGGACGACGCUGCUACGGUGUACCGCGCGGCCGCGAUGCUGAACAUGACGGGCUCGGGGUACGUGUGGCUGGUGGGGGAGCGCGAGAUCUCGGGGAACGCUCUGCGCUACGCCCCGGACGGCAUCAUCGGGCUGCAGCUCAUCAAUGGCAAGAAUGAGUCGGCCCACAUCAGCGACGCCGUGGGCGUGGUGGCCCAGGCAGUGCACGAGCUACUGGAGAAGGAAAACAUCACAGACCCGCCGCGGGGCUGCGUGGGCAACACCAACAUCUGGAAGACUGGACCACUGUUCAAGAGGUGGGCGGGGCCGCUCUCAGGGGGAGUGGGCGGGGCGCCCUUGGGAGGGGGAGGUGGGCGUGGCCUCUCUGGGGUUGAUGAGCGAAGCCCGCCCUCAGGAGGGGUGGGUGGGGCUGCUUUUGUGGGGAGAAGUGGGCGGGGCAGUGACGUGGUGGGCGUGGCCGUCUCCGGAGGAUUUGUGGAGUGGCUCCUUAGGUGGUGGGGUGGGCGGGCCGUCUCAGGAGGGGUGGGCGGGGCUGCUUUUGUGGGGAGAAGUGGGCGGGGCAGUGACGUGGUGGGCGUGGCCGUCUCAGGAGGAUUUGUGGAGUGCUCCUUAGGUGGUGGG